UCUCAUCCCAUUUCUGGUUCCUCUGCUCACAGAACACAUUUCCAGCUGGAAGGGGAAUGGAGACUAUGGGACCUAGGAGUAAGGGCUUUCAGGCUGCCUCACUCUCUUAACAUGGACAUUGACACUGUGAGAAGCCUACACUUCCCCUGUGAGCUCAAAAUGUUACCAGUGUCUCUGGGUGCCAAUGGAAGAAUGGGUUUGUCUUGGUUUUCUUCCAGGCUUCUACUCUCCAGAGAGAUUUUAACAUUUUUUUCUGAGAUCUCCACCUCAAAUUGGAAUUCUCCAUAGUUCCGGGACCAACUGCCCUUCAGUCAGUGGUCUCUGGAAUGAGAUCUCCUCAUCUUCUAUUGAAUAGAUCCUAGGAAACUGAACUUGACAGCUUGAAUCUUCCUCAUGUCAUCUCAACCUGGGGUACUUUGAGAGCCACAGGAAAAUUAUGGGACAUGUUUCUGAAGUGUCAGUUUCCCUGAGUCUCUUGAGAGAGGAAAAAGCAAUAAUGUACUUAGGGAUGACAGUCACAUGGGUUUCUAAGUGUACGCCAGACUUCUCUCUGAAAUGAGGCUUGGGUCGUCAUCUUGCUGAUAAAUACCCAGAUGUAACAGAAAUGCCGCCUUCUGUCAUGACGACACAUUGAUAUGAAAGUGUGAGCGGUACUGGUGCACUUCUUAACACCCACAGAUGUGUGAGGAUGUCUGACUGUAAACAUACAGUGUACAGGUCCUGCCCACUGAAUGUUGAGUUGUUCUACCUCAGCGUCAGGUUUUGGUCCCUGGAAGCUGCUGAUUGAUGGAAAAAUCCCUGAGCUUGGAGUCAGAAGAUUGAGUACAAGUUCCAGUAUUGCCUUUUUUUGCCGUAUCAGUCCCUCUCAGUCACUGACUGAUUGCGACAACACCUUGUACAGAUGUCGGUGGCAUUAAAUCAGAUGGUGUAUAAGAGUGUAUUGUAAAAUCUGUAAAGGGGGAUGGGGCUGUCGGGGCUGUUGGUUCUCAUGAGUAUUACUGCUCUUCUUUCCCACAGUUACAAGAAUAUCAGAUGAGGAAGACAUCUGGUGUUCGCGAAGGAGCCAAAAGAAAAUUGAACAAAAGUGCUGGGAACCCCGAGUCAGCCCCUUCUAGUGUUUGCCGGUCACCUGGCGAUGUGAGUCUUGGGCCAGCCAGGUUCCUGGGGAUGGUGGGUGGGGGGUGCCCAAGGGGCCGUGGAGGGGAAUUGCUAAGAUUGUGGAUGGGCUGUCAGGGACCGCUUAAGAAUUCUGGGUUUGAAUCCUGCCUCUCCAUCUGCUAUGGAUACGAUUUAGGGCAAGUUUCUUGAGCUUUUUGGGCCUCUCUUUUCACAUCUGUAAAUAGAAGUGGUAUUGUUUGAAUUCCAUUUGUGAAGUUUAAAUGAGAUUUGUGAUUGUUGUUUUUAUGUUAAUCUCUAGUACACGUCCUGCUGUAAAUAGCCAGGACACCCAGGAAAUGGUCGUUGCUGUCUGAUUCUCCUCAUCCCCAGUCUCACGGGGACGCCAGGCCAACGAGAACGGCCACUUCCCAUCAGCCUGUCCCUUCAGCGGUCACUGAAACAUCCCACGGUGGGAGGGUGGGGACAUUAGAACCAGGAGAAAAGCUGACAAAAAGGACAUAUGGGACAAAGGGUCCGAGACAGGCAGAAGAGAAAAUUUUGCCAGUUGAUGGGGAAGAAAGGCAGUCAGAGGGCUUAGACACUGAGGGGGACCGAACAUGUCCAUGUACACUCUCAUCUCUUGUAGUCACAAACAGAUAUUCAUGCGGAGGGCCCUGCGUCAUGUACUGCUCUGAAACAUCUGCAGGUAAGAGGCCCUGCGCCGAGGUGCAGUGACCCUGCAGGCCAACCCUCCAGCCUCCUUCCACAGCGGGGGCUGGGCGCCCUUCUGCCAGCUGAGACAGCCCCAUACACCAUAGCCCCAAUGACUGUUCUCUCUACCUCCCCCAAAUCCUCCUCCAACUCCUCCUCUCUGCAGGCACCUCAGAAGCGCUACCUAGAAACAGCAGGAACCCUGGACUCGAGCUCCAGAACCAUCGGUCAACUGAAUGACACCAUUCAGUUAUUGAAACAGCAGAAGGAAGGACUGGAGCAACAGCUGAGAGAAGUAACGGUCUCUGAUCACCUGGUCCCAUGGGUGGAUCUGUUCUGGGUCAUUGGAAAAGAAAAUGCAAAGGGAGCAGUUAGAGGUGAGUGCAGGGUGGGAAGUGUUCUCCUGUCCUUCGGAGAAGGCUUCUUUCCUUCUCUUUCAGCACGUGCUUGGCUUUUACCAAAGGGUCACAUCCAGACAAUCAACAGCCUCACGUCUGAGAAUGGGCAGCUGAAAACUGCCCUAUACCACACGCGCCGUGCCGCCAGGCACUUUGAAGAAGAGUCCAAUAAAUUGGUCGGCUGCCUGCAGGAGGCCUUGCAGCAGAAAGGGGAGUUGGAGCGGACUCUGUCUGCUGUCUCCGCCCAGCAGGACAAGGCGGACAGGUCCUCACACUGCUCUGAAGCAGUCCUCGAGCGGCAGUUACGGAACUCCAGAAAGGAGCUGGCACUGCUAAAAGCACACAUGACACAGAUGAAGGCAUCAUUUCACCAAGUGCAGCUCGAGAGAGAUGAGUAUUGUCAACAUAUUAAAGGAGAGAGGUCCCGAUGGCAGCAGAGGAUGCGGAAAAUAUCAGAGGAGGUCCGCACAUUGAAGCUUGAGAAGAGGCAGGAUGCACAUCGCCUGCAGGAGCUGGAAAGGAGUCUUGCCCACCUCAGGAACCAGCUGGGUAAGAUCCCUUAUAUGCUGCUUCCCUUUUCAGCUGAAGCCCCACGUCCCGAGCCCCCAGUAGGGCCCUCGGUGGCAGAACAACAGCUCAAAUUUGAGACCAACCUCCUGAGGAUAAAUCUGGAGACUAUUACAGAGCAGCUGCAUGCUCAGGUGAAGAACAAUGAGAACUUGAAUCGCCUGAGCUCUGAGCAGAAAACAAGGCUGUGGCAGCAGGAGGAGUCCCUGCAGGAGCAGAGAGAGAGGAUGCGGCUGCAGGAGGAGGAGCUGAACAACGAGAAGAAGAACGCAGUGCAGUUGGUGCAGCAGAUAAAGGAGCUGCAGGAGAAGCUGCACAACCAGAAGGAGCACCUGGAAGCUGCCACCCAGGAGAACCAGCAGCCACAGGACCAGCUGAGCCUCACGACUCUGCCUGGGGAAGGACAUGGAGGAGGACAUCUGGACAGUGAAGAGGACGAGGUGCCUCGACCCAGCAUUGCAGAGGCCCUGGAGAGCCGAGAGGCCGUGGGGGCAUUUAUCAACGCGACUGGGGCCGGUGCCCAGGAGGAGCAGGAACAAAGGGUGUGCUACCAGCACCUGGCUCACCCGGUGGCCUCGGUGCAGGAGCCAGAGGCAGUGACUGCAGCCUCAGCCCCAGCUUCAGCCCCGGCCUCAGGGACUGAGAGUGAGUCUCUGUGUGGGGAGACCAAUCACGCACUGCAGGGAGCCAUAGAGAAGCUGCAGAGCGGCUUUAAGACCCUCCAAAAGGAGAAGGUGGACCUGAAGGAGCGGGUGGAGAAUCUAGAGCUUCUAUUCAUCAGGCUCUCUGGAGAGACAGACACGAUGACCACAGAGGGCAGUCCCAAAGCCCCGGCACCAGGAGGAGGGGGAAAAGCGGGAGAUGAAGGUAAGGCGAGCAGCAUCUCUGCGGGGCUGAGGGGGAUGGGAGUGGGCAUGGGCAUGGCUGCUGGCACCAGCGUGGCAGCUAAGCACCCCUGUCUCCAGCUGCAGCUGCAGGAGCCAGUGUUUCCAAUUCUGGGUGACAACGAGGGCCAUGCCAAAUUCCUGGCCACUGCCAAGAACCAUGUUGAUGGGCCGGCUCCAGGGGCCCCAGUACCCCAGGGGUUUGGGAUGGUCAACAAACAGAGAGGUGAGUGGAGCCAUCAGGCAGGGUGGGCAGGCAGGAGCAGGGGAGACUCACCCUGUGCUGAGAUCCCCACCUCCCUCUCUCCAAAGAUCUUUCCCGUUGCGCUGCAGGACGCGCUCCUCAAACUGCACGACGUUUUGGUGCCGCCGCUUGAGGCUGGUGAGAAUUCAGCCAGCGCUAGCUCCACGUUCUCGGGGGCGUCGCAGCGGAUCUAG